AUGCAAUCGAAUAAUAAAGAAGCUCAAAUACUCUUAGCUAUCGAAGCUAUUCGAAAAGAUAAAAAAUUAAGCAUUCGGAAGGCUGCAAAGCUAUAUAAUAUAUCGCAUACAACACUUAUCCGCAGAAUGAAUGGUUUAACCCCUCGUACGGAAUUUCGACCAAAAAGCCAUAAUUUGACUGAUUUGGAAGAGGAAGUACUUAUUCAAUAUAUACUCGACAUGGACGAGAGAGGAUUUAGUCCUCGAAUAAGUGAUGUGGAAGAUAUGGCGAAUUAUAUACUCGAAACGCGGGGUGUGAAGAAGGUUGGAAAGCUCUGGGCUCAUCGCUUUGUGAAACGACAUACAGAAUUAAAGACGCGUUUUAAUCGCGUUUAUGAUUUUCAAAGAGCUCUCUGCGAAGAUUCAGAGCUUAUUGAAAGAUGGUUUCGAUUGGUAUCGAAUAUGCGGGCCAAAUAUGGUAUUCUGGACUGCGAUUUCUACAACUUCGAUGAGACAGGUUUUAUGAUGGGACAAAUAUCAUCACAUAUAGUAGUAACUAAAGCUGAUCGAUGUGGAAGAAGCAAAGCUAUACAACCAGGCAAUCGGGAAUGGGCUACAGCGAUUAUUUGUGUUGAUGGAGAAGGUCACAAUAUACCUCCGUUUUUGAUAGUAAAAGGCGAAUACCACCUCUCAAAUUGGUAUACCGAAGGCGAUUUACCAUACGAUUGGCUUAUUAAACCUACUACCAAUGGAUGGACAGAUAAUGAGACAGGUCUUGAAUGA